UAUUUGAUAUUGAUAUGACAGAUUAUGAUGAUAUUAGAACAUGUUGCAGAUUUAUAACAAUUGCAAUCAAGAUAAUUGAUGUUGCAUUAAGAGAGGAUUUCGGAUUUAGACAUUUAUUGUGGGUAUAUUCAGGUAGACGUGGUGCUCAUUGUUGGGUCUGUGAUGAAUCAGCCAGGAAAUUAAAAAACAAUGAGAGAAAAGCUAUUGUAUCUUAUUUGGAAGUUAUUAAGUAUGAAAAAAAAUGUGAAAAUGAAAUAAUUCUUCAAUAUGCAUACCCAAGGCUUGAUGAGGCAGUAUCAAUAAAUAUUAAUCAUUUGUUGAAAAGUAGAGUAUGUGUUCCAAUUCCAUUAGAAACUUGUGAUGAUUUUAAUCCAUUAGAUGUUCCAACAGUCUCAAUGUUGAUUCAAGAAAUGGAUCAAUUACGUCCAGAAGAUGGAGGAGGAAAAACUCGUAAUG